GCAGAUAUAAGCUUACCGUAACUAAAAUUGAGCCUCAGAAAAAUUAAGCAUGCUACACAAACUUACCUGGAAAUAAAUACCAAAAUGGAAUUUUGAAUCCAAGAUUAUGCUAUUUUGAAGCCUGUGCUAAUGCUGUAACUCCUGUAUUCCCUUCUCAGGUGCAGCCAGACAGACACUAGCCCACUGAUGGACAGACUGACGUGGGCAGGAUCUGUCCCCCUGAACCACCCGCCACUGCCACAGCUUCCUACAACAGACACAUCAGAUGACACUCCAGACGAAUAAAUGGUUUUCACCAGGGAAUUAAUUGUUUUAAUAAUAGGUCCUCGUGUAUGAAAGUCCCACAAUGAGUUGUGCACCAAGUUUUGAGAAGCAGGCAAACUAUAUGUUUUGUGGGUUUUUUGUUUCCUAAAUGCAUCUACAGGAAGACCAAUAUUGGUUGAACGAAGUUUUCAUUUAAAGGGCUAAAAUAUGUUUUGUGUUUUUCUGUGUGGAAAUUACUUUAAACCCAAUGACUAUUUAUUGUAUGAUAGCUUGUGAUGUGUUCUGCUCAUGGCUUUUAAGGUACAUUGCACCAUGAUCCACUACCAUCCUAAUUGUUUUAAUUAAGAGGUCAUUACCACGCUACUGUCACGUCUUAAUUAUGCACACAGAAAGGUAGACUUAUCUUACAUAUGUGAACUAACCGUUGUCAAAGCAAAUGCAGAUUGUAUUCUGCAAGUAAAGUCUUUUUCCCUCUAAAGUUUCUAGGGAUGUUCUUCAAAUGAAAUUAAUUCAAACUGAAGAUUUUAGUUAAAAGAACUGAGUGCAGAUUAAAGUCUUUUUGUGAUUUCAACAUAGUCAAGAGUUCAACUGUGAUAUUUCAUUGAAGUUUACAGUAAAAUGUCUCUAACCUGCAAACUUAAAAAUAUCUCAAGCAAAGGGCAGAGUCCUGAAUUUGAAACCAGAAAUACUGGGUUUUCAUAUAAAUGCGUCAUAUAUUUGUUUUAUGAUAAUGAGCACAUAACUCCUAAGCCUCACACCCACCAACUCCUAAGUAGGGAUAAGAAGUCCGCAUCGGUGCCAAUGCCUUCACUGUUACGAAACACUUACAGUAUGUUGUAAAGUAAAAGUAGAAUGUAAUCUCAUUCCUAGGCCAUCUUUGACCAGUUUUACACAGAAAUGCAUGCUAACUUUUCUGUUUGCAAGGAUAAUAUCAAAGCAAACACCAGAAAGUUCUAUCUUUGAUGUAUUUCUUCAAAGUCAUACACAUAAGAAAUAAACAGUCAAACCAAAGACGAAGGAUGAACACUGUUUCGGAGAAUAUAGUCUUCCCCUUUCUUCUGUUGCCAAGGAAGUCCAAUAUGUUGACCAUUUUUGUGCACACGAUCAAUUCUGUUUAAGCUGGAAGUUAAUGUCUCAUUGUUUUCAUUGUUCUAAUUAAACACCUUUUCCUUUGAAUAUUGUCUAAAAAUUGUACAGACAGGUUAAAAACAUGUUUUGCUUUGCUUUUUCAUGGUUGGGCUAAUGAUAUGUGAAAAGGAAUACAGAUGGUAGUUAAUUAUGAACAGGAAAGAAUGUUCAAUAUCAUUAGUCAUUAGCAAUUUGCAAAUUAAGACAAUGGCUUAUUAAUAUAUAUAUUAAUGCAUACAUAUGUAUUAAUACAUAUAUAUCAGAAUGGCCAAAAUAAUAAUAAAACAUCAAACGCUGAUGAGCACGAGUAAAAACUGGAGAUUUCACAUAUUAUUGGUGGGAAGGUAAAAUCAUACAGCUAUGCCAAAAGAGUACAGUAGUUUCCUAAGUACCCGAGUCCCCAGGCCUGCAGGGUAAACCAAGGUCUCUGGCCCUGGGUGAAUCCGGAUGGGGUUCACGGGCCUUCCCAGGGUCAUCCAGUGUCCAAGGUGCCCUUUGAUGGCCUUGUCUGCCCCUGAGACCCUCUGCCCUGCCCCCCCGACUUGUCCCUGUCACAGGGACAGCCAUCAUAGAGCCAUGCUCCACCCCCUGCUUUUUGGAGAUGCCGACUGCCCGGGGUUCUCUUAGCCCUGCCCUCCCCAUCUCUGGGUCCUGACCAAGGUGCUCUAAUGGACACCCCCGACCCAGGUCUCAGGGAGCUGCCAGCACCCUGGGGUCCCUGAAGCUGAAACCAAGCAAGACAUAUGUAGCCUGAGGGUCCCACUCUUUGGCUGGCAGGCCCCAGAGGUGAGAGCACACUGGAGUGUCCUUCAGGUUAUCUUCACCCCAUGAGAGAGCUGGGGGCUUUGGGAGUUUGCAGCUGGCAGGGGCGAGGGCCCACUCUCCCAUCUCUGAUGGGUGCUUGGUCAAAUCCUGUUGGUCAGCCUGCAGAGCCAACUGCGGUCACCAGGUGAAUCUGCGUCCCCUUAGCCUGGGAUCUCCAAGCAGGCAGCACCCGUGCUGAUGACUUCAGGGCACUUGGAAUCGAAGGCUGAGAGGUCGCCCAUUUCCAGAGCUGGGGUCAGGCCCAGAGUUCUCCUUCUUGGCUCAGGUGAUCCCUCAGGUUCCUGGGGCUGCAGGUCAGGAAACAAACACAGGCAGUUCUGCUCUGCUCUUCCUAUAGGGCAGUGCCCAGUGAAUGCAGGUUCCAGACAAAAGGUGGAGCCAGGCAUUUUAUCCUGUGUGGGUUACAGCCUACUGCCAUCUGGGGAAACUGAGUCACAACACACCUCAAGGACAUUUCGCAGGCCACAUCAGCUCCUCCCAAUCUUGUCAGGCAGUGAGAAUAGAUUCCCAGGCCGCAUACCACAGGUUCUGGCUCAGCCUGGGUUGGGCUAAAUCUCAGGGCUGCUGUCCUCAAAGCCCCAUCAGAAGGCUGUGUCAGGCCAGGCGCACUGUGGUGACAGGAGCAUGGAGUCAGGGUUCUGGUGGCAGGAGAGGUCAGGGCCCUGGGAGGUCAGGUCCAGGAGGAGGGCACUGAUAGAUACAUGGUGGGGCUGGAGAGACGCUGGGCUGGGUGGUGGGAGUGUCCCAGGAGCGGGAUAAGGUAGGGGUGCAGUGGGGACUAGGGAGACCCUGGGUGUGGUAGUGGGAGUGGCCCACCCACCACCUGUGGCUGAUGUGCGGGCAGGGGCUAUGGUGGGAGAGGAGGUGGAAGUGGAGGUGGAGGGGGCAGGGCCCAGGGGGCUCUGCUAUAGGAGGGUCAUGGACUUCCUGGUGAGGACUCUGGGGUGGGGGGUUCCCAAGGAAGCUGGGGCUUGUGGGACUGGGGGUCCCUAGGACUGAGUGUGCCAGGCAGGCUCAGGGGAGGCCGAGCCAGGAGCCACAGGCUUUUCACAGCCAGGCCAAUGCCCCGUGGGGCAUUGAACCUGGGCUGGGGUUCCCCUGGCCCCAGGACUGGGGGACUCUGGUGUGUCUUGCGGCGCUUCCUGCCCAUUCAGCCUCUGUCAGGCGGCCUGGCCUUGGGUGGCUUUGAGUGUGGCCCCCGCAGCACAGGACCUGCCUCCCCGCUGUGGGGCAGAUUUCGGGGUCUGACACUGGACACCCACCCAGAGGCUGAAUUCAACUCCCCAGCGAAAAGUACACUCACACUCCCUCUCCGCUGUGCCCUGCCUGAGGGGGCCCUGGCUGGGACGUGGAAGGAGGAGGCCUCGGGCCUGGCUCUCAGGCAGUAGGUCCAGGAGUAAAUGGAGCAGAGUCCCUGCAGGAAAGGCCUCAGGCUGCCUCAGACUGUCCCUGAGGGGGCCUGGCCUGGACUCUCCCUGUGCUACCAAGCUGGAAGAGCAGCUACUUGUAGGGCUGUAGACAUCAGGUAACACUAUCAGCCAGCACCCCCAACAUCCGCGCGACAGCCACACCCCUCUGCCCGGAGGCAGGUGGGCAGAGCCUCCUCUGUCUUGUCCACGGAGCUCCGCACAGGACGAGAUCAGAGGGCAAACCAGAAACAACAAAUGAAUGAACCCAGGAAGGGGCCAGGGCAGCAGGUCUCCACCCACACCCUCAACCCUAAGGGUGGGACACAGAGGCUGGAAACAGGCUGGUCCCAGGAUCCUCUAAGUGACAGGAACCCUUGGCCACUGCUGAUGGCAUGAGGUGGGGACAGGGAGGGCAGGGCUUGGGCUGCCUGGCCCUUUAAGAGGGCAGUUCUUCUUGUCCCAUAGAAUGCCCCCUCCCCCAGCCACUGGAGGAGAGAUCCCCGUUGCUCAGCAACAGGAAGAUCUUGGUGUACAGUGUCACCCAGGCGACUGGGAGCCGCGUCCUGCUCUGGGACUGAGCCGCUGGAGCUGCCCCGCUGACCUCACGGGGCUGACCGCGACCAGCUGACCACACCCCUCACUCCCCUGGCCCUGGUAGACGGCGGGCACCAUGGCGCAGACGGACGUGCUGCUGACCAAAGAGCCGGCCCCGCAGACGGUGCCGCCCUGCGAGCUGCCUUGCAAACUGUCCGAGGUGGCCCGCAACACGGGCGCCUACACGUCCUCGGGCCUGGCCACCUCCGGCUUCCGCACCGCCAAAUACCUGCUGGAGGAGUGGUUCCAGAACUGCCACGCGCGCUACCACCAGGCCUUUGCCGACCGCGACCAGUCCGAGCGGCAGCGGCACGAGAGCCAGCAGCUGGCGGCGGAGACCCAGGCUCUGGCGCAGCGCACGCAGCAAGACUCCACGCGCAGGGUGGGCGAGCGGCUGCAGGACACGCACGGCUGGAAGUCGGAGCUGCAGCGCGAGGUGGAGGCGCUGGCCGCGGAGACCGACCUGCUGCUGGCCCAGAAGCAGCGGCUGGAGCGCGCACUGGACGCCACGGAGGUGCCCUUCUCCAUCGCCACUGACAACUUGCAGUGCCGCGAGCGCCGCCAGCACCCUAACCUCGUGCGCGACCACGUGGAGACGGAGCUGCUGAAGGAAGCGGAGCUCAUCCGGAACAUUCAGGAGCUGCUGAAGAGAACCAUCAUGCAAGCUGUGAGCCAGAUCCGGCUGAACCGGGAGCACAAGGAGACCUGCGAGAUGGACUGGUCAGACAAGGUGGAGGCCUACAACAUCGACGAGACCUGCGGGCGCUUCCACAGCCAGAGCACCGAGGUGCAGUCUCAUCCGCACUCCACCUCGUUCCAGGAGAGCGCGUCCACGCCUGAGACCUGGGCCAAGUUCACUCAGGACAAUCUGUGCCGCGCCCAGCGCGAGCGCCUGGCCUCGGCCAACCUGCGGGUGCUGGUGGACUGCAUCCUUCGCGACACCUCCGAGGACUUGCGGCUGCAGUGUGACGCCGUGAAUCUGGCCUUUGGGCGCCGCUGCGAGGAGCUGGAGGACGCAAGGCACAAGCUGCAGCACCACCUGCACGAGACGCUGCGGGAAGUCACAGACCAGGAACACAACGUGGCAGCGCUGAAGCAGGCCAUCAAGGACAAGGAGGCACCUCUGCGAGUCGCCCAGACCCGGCUGUACCUGCGCUCGCACCGGCCCAACAUGGAGCUGUGCCGCGACGCCGGCCAGUUCAGGUUGAUGAGCGAGGUAGAGGAGCUGAACAUGUCCCUUGCAGCGCUGCGGGAGAAGCUUCUAGAAGCGGAGCAGUCCCUGCGCAACCUGGAGGACACCCGCAUGAGCCUGGAGAAGGACAUCACCUCCAUGACCAACAGCCUCUUCAUCGACCGCCAGAAGUGCAUGGCCCAUCGCACCCGCUACCCCACCAUCCUGCAGCUGGCUGGCUACCAGUGAGCAGCUGGCACAGCACUUCCCCCCAUCCCCCAAAUAAACAGCAUGUUAGCUUUC